UGCUGUACAAGAAGGGAGCCCGGUCCAACUUUAACAACGACAGGGGGAUUUCGCUACUAUCUCACGUAGGCAAGAUCCCCAUCAAGAUCAUCACCAACCGUCUAAGCGCCUUCCGCGAAGCCAACAACAUCCUCCCGGAGGGACAUGCAGAUUUCGACCCGGGCGAUCCACCGUCGAUAUGCUGUUCGUCGUGCGUCGCCUCCAGGAGCUGGGGCGGAGAAAGAAGAUACCGCUCUACAUGUGCUUCGUCGACUUGAAAAGGCGUAUGAUUCGGUGGACCGAGAGAAGGACUGGCGAGGAUGAUGAUGUUGAGGUGUUCGGGGAGUUCGGGCUGACGGUGUCGGAAAAAAAGACGGAGACGCUCCUGAUGAGCGCGAAGGACAAGCCGACUACAACAUCACGGCCCCCCCCGCCUCCACCGCUGACCAUCGAAGCCGCGGGACAAAAAUACGCCCAGACGACCGACUUCCGGUACCUCGGUGGCCUCGUCAACGAACAUGGCGACCUCACCCGGGAGAUCAACUACAGGAGCAGAGGAGCGUGGGCGUGCCUCAGGCGAUAUGGCCGGGAGCUCUUCGACAGACCGCAAGCGCCAUUCCGACUCAAGAUCCGCCUGCUCCAGGCGGAGGCGAUGGAGGCGCUGCUGUACGGCUGCAUGACAUGGUCACCACUCAGCGGCCACUAUCAGACGCUGCGAUCGAUACACCACCGACUGCUCCUUCGAGUUAUUCGGGGGGGACAGGAACAGAACUGGCCGAAGUGUGUGCUCGACGACCUGAAGGCAUUCGGGGCCAACCACGGAUCUACGAAAACCGAUCCAUGUUGUCUCGGAAUCCAGGUACCGAAAGACACGGCACCAAAGAAAAAGUGGACGGAAGCCGCGAAGAUGGAGGGGGGAGUACCCUGGCAUGCGGCGGUGCUGCAGGGAGCUGAGAGGUUCAUGACCUCCUGGCACGAGAAGGAAGAAGAGGCCAGCGGACAACGGGCGCUCAAACGGAACCACAAGCAAACAAUCAAUGGGGCGGGAAGGGGGCAGGAGACGGACGAGACGGCGAGGGAAGAAGGCAAACGAGAAGAGACAGACGGAGUGAGAGAGGACAGAGGAGGCAAGGAGGCACAGCAACCAACUAUCUCUGACGUCGGCGAUGACGACACGGGCGUAGGGCUGGAAGAUACCCCCGCCGCGGACACGGGUGUAGCCGCCGCGGGCGAGGACGACAUGGGGGCUGGGCUGCCUCCUACCCCGGCCGAAUAUGCGAGUGUUGCCGCAGCAGGCGGAGUAGAAGCGGACGUACGAAUUGCAGCUCCUGCGCCGGGUGGUGUCGCCGCCGAGAUGGGUUUGGCCAACAAGUAGCUGUCGGGCUGCUCGUACGCGGCCAUUAUUGCGGCUCGCAGUUCCAUGUUUUUGGUUCGGAUGGUGCAUACUCCAACAUCCCCUUGAGGUCUGCAAUUUUAGCCUUUUUGGCCUCUCGAGCGCCCGCCAAGCGAGCCCUGCCUGCGGCCUCUUCAUCCAAAGACUGCCUCGACACAACAGCCGCCGACAGAGCUUCCACGGCCGUCACCAGCUUGCCUGUGUUGGUCUCCUGGACGCGGCGGGCCUGCAGUUGCGCGUUGGCGGCCGCUACCGCAGCAGUCUCCUUCUUCACCUGUGCUCCGCUUUGAAUUUCGCCGGCCCCUGUGAACAUCCGGAUCGCGUUGGACGACAGAUCAACCUCGGUGUACGCACCGCUUGCCUCCGAUCCGCUUUCGUCGCUGGUGCCGGGUGACCCUUUCUUCGCCUUCUGCUUCCCGCCGCGACCCUUGGCCCCGGACGCGCCGCGACCCUUGGGUCCGGAUGUUUUGCGUGCGGUUCGGAGGUCAGGGUCCUCGCUGCUGCAUGGCCUUCCGAUCAAACAGAAGGUCAGGAGAUACUGGUGCAUCCGCUUGUUGGGCCUCUGCGGAAACCCGCCCUCUGUUCGUGUGAUUUCUUCGGAGGGGGCAUCAUCCCCGUUGCCCGGCGUAUCGUCUUCUGGCUCCUUCAUCCCCCCCUCCCCCGCCGGUGAGUCAUUACCGCUGCUUUCCUGUGGCUCCACUGCUUCCUCUGUUCCUUUCUGCUUUCCACUCCCGCCGUCCUCGUUCUCCGUCGGUGACGAUUCCCCAGAGUCACCUUCCGAACCCUCUCCUUCACCGCCACCCCUCUCUUCCAACUCGAUCGGGUCCUCUGCGUUCCCCGUUCCGGAUUCCAUGUGGUAGACUCCGUCCAGAAGGUACUCGAUGGCGUCUUCGUCUUGGCUGCCCGACGGUAGUUGGUCCCCAGGUUGUCCUUCGACGAAACUGGGCCAGGGGUGCACGGGAACAAGGUAGAGAGAGGUAGGAAGAACGGGUGAGAUUGGCAGCGAUCGUAACGCAUUCUCGCUCGUGUGCACCCGCAAAGGUGACACAUAUUUCGAAUGUUGACGGGCAGCAGUUCACACCCAUGUCGCCACUGGUCUUACUAUUUUCGAUCUAUUUUCUUCUAUCCGACAUAUGGCCGUGGCGCGGAAACUAUGUCAAGAAUACACACAACUGUAUAUUUCGCUGAGGUUUAGAACACUGUUCCGGGAGUCAUGCCAAUCGGCCAAAGUGACACAGCACCGGUGUGCCACAUGCACAUGAGUUCCGUCAUCGUUUUAGAGUAGGCCGGCCAGGGAGAGGGUCACCGUACCGAGGGCAAAACGACACACAUAGCGAAACGCAAUAGGGGUUGUGACUACAGUUUUGACUUGGUGCGGAGAAGUGCAACAAUAAAUCUGACAUGAGUGUAUCGUUGUUUAUUGUGUGUCUCACCCCGACAACUUGCAUGCGUAGUUUACAUGAUCGGGGGGAAACACGUUGGGGGAUGGGCGGUCUACUUUAUUUUCUUCGCAACAUGUUGUACGCCCUGGGGCCACCUAUCUCUAAAGCUGUUCCCACCCGUGGUGUUAUGUUGCUUUUUUGAAGGGGGAGGGGGGAAACGCCAGCGAGUUGCCGCCAAAAGCAGCGGGUAACGCGAUUGAGCAUUUGUUCAACACUGCUGUUGUCCGCAUAAUACAUAUAUGGUAAUCGGGGCACGUGACAUUUCGAAAUUUAAAUGUAGUGCGGCAAUUCCAUUGGU